ACAGACGGACGGACAGGCGGCAGUAAUGGCGGCCGGGUAGCGCCACACACUGCGCCGACUCUCCCUGCUCCUGUUAGCCGCUCGCACCGCAGUGCUCCGAGGAGCCCGCGCGACAGGCUCGGAGUGGAGACGGAACACCGGGGACUUGGCUUCCACUUUCCCCAUUGAGGAGGAGAAAACAUGGACGAGCUGUCCGGCGGAGGAGGGGUCGCCCCUCGGCAGCCUCAGCAGCCGGGGAACAACGGCGCGGCCACGGCCCCGCAGCCGCCGGACGAGCUGCCGCGGCCGCCGCCGCCGCAGCAGCAGCCGCCGCCACCGCAGCAGCAGCAGCAGCAGCACUAUACCAUCCCCGGCAUCCUGCACUACAUCCAGCACGAGUGGGCCCGGUUCGAGGUGGAGAGAGCGCACUGGGAGGUGGAGAGGGCCGAGCUCCAGGCCAGGAUAGCGUUCCUGCAGGGGGAGCGCAAAGGUCAGGAGAACUUGAAGAACGACCUGGUCAGAAGAAUCAAGAUGUUGGAGUUUGCUCUGAAGCAGGAGAGAGCCAAGUAUCACAAGCUGAAAUACGGAACUGAGCUCAGCCAGGCCGACGUGAAGACGCCCAGCUUUGAGUCAGACACCAAAGAGUCGGAGGCUCCGGCAGUGCCGGCCAACAGUCAGCUGACCUGGAAACAAGGACGGCAGCUGCUGCGACAGUACCUGCAGGAGGUGGGCUACACGGACACCAUCCUGGACGUCCGCACCCAGAGGGUCCGCUCUCUGCUGGGCCUGUCGGGCUCGGAACAGAACGGCUCAGUGGAGAACAAGAGCCUGCAGCACCUGAUCAACGGAACCGAGAGACGGAAGGAUGGCAAGAGGAGUCCCGGGGAUGUUCUGGAGACGUUCAACUUCCUGGAGAACACGGAGGACAGCGAUGAAGACGAGGAUGAGGAAGGAGAAGUGAAGAAACACAAGAGCAAGGUGGGGAACGAGGGCUUGGCGUCGGAGGACGAGGCCGACACGGAGGAGGCGCUGAAGGAGUUUGACUUCCUGGUGACGGCGGAGGACGGCGAGGGGGCGGGCGAGGCCCGCAGCUCCGGGGACGGGACGGAGUGGGCGGAGCCGCUGCCCUUCACAGGAGGCGGGGCCAAGUCCUUCCUGCUCGGGGGCGCAGACCACGCCCUGGAGAGCGUGCUGGGCCUGGGUGACCUCGCCGACCUCACGGUGGCCAAUGACGACACGGACUUCAGCUACGACCUGCCGUCCAAUAAGGAGUCUUCCUUCAGGAAGACCUGGAACCCCAAGUACACCCUGAGGAGCCACUUCGACGGCGUCCGCGCCCUGGCCUUCCAUCCGGUGGAGCCCUGCCUGGUCAGCGUCUCCGAGGACCACACGCUCAAACUCUGGAACCUGAACAAGACGGUCCCCGCCAAGAAGAACGCAGCCCUGGAUGUGGAGCCCGUCUACACUUUCAGAGCGCACGAUGGUCCGGUCUUGUCAUUGGCAAUGACGUGUAGCGGCGAGCAGUGUUUCAGUGGAGGACUGGACUCAACCAUCCAGUGGUGGAACAUCCCCAGUUCUAACGUGGACCCUUACGACACCUACGACUCCAGCGUCCUGGCAGGGACCUGGACAGAGCACUCGGACGCGGUCUGGGGUUUGGCCUACAGUGGUAUCAAGAGCCGCCUCCUGUCCUGCUCCGCCGACGGCACGGUCAAACUGUGGAACCCUCAGGAGAAGAAGCCCUGCAUCAGCACUUUCAACAGCAACCGAGAGCACGGCACGCCCACGUCAGUGGACUUCAACGGUUGUGACCCCGCCCACAUGGUGGUGUCCUUCAACAGCGGUGACGUGGUGGUGUACGACUUGGAGACGUCCCAGAAUUCUCUGGUUUUGAAGGGACAGGGAGAAGGCAGGUGUCAUCACAUCAACAAGGUGGUGAGUCACCCCACGCUGCCCGUCACCAUCACGGCUCACGAAGAUCGGCACAUCAAGUUCUUCGACAACAAGUCAGGGAAGGUCAUCCACGCCAUGGUGGCGCACCUGGACGCCGUGACCAGCCUGGCUGUGGAUCCCAACGGCAUCUACCUGAUGUCGGGAAGUCACGACUGCUCGCUGCGGCUGUGGAACCUGGACAGCAAGACGUGCGUGCAGGAGAUCACGGCGCACCGCAAGAAGAGCGAGGAGGCCAUCUACGACGUGGCCUUCCACCCCUCCAAGGCCUACAUCGCCUCGGCCGGCGCCGACGCUCUGGCCCGGGUCUACAUGUAGCGCCCCCAGGAGGGCGAGCGAGAGAGAGAGAGAGCACCACUGACUCGCUGACCUCCAGUGUGAGGACACACACAUGCACGCACACACACACGCGCCGGGGACUGAGAGCAACAAGGCUCCUGACUGAAACCACAGGCCCCGCCCACCUCCUCUGCUCCAACUGACAUGGGUCCGCAGCUUCCACCUGGGACGUCUGUCGUGCUGUGAUGUCACUUCCUGCCGCCACAGGUGAUGCUUGUUUGUAUCAAAACAUCUUCACUCUGCCACCAUCGGCACCUUCAGCAGAACUUCCUCGUCUCUGCCGCUGGUCUGGUGAUCCGUAGCUCUGACGGCGCUGAAGGCACGGCCGCCAAGGUUUCAGGACUUCAGAACGCGACUGAGGAGACAGGAAGUGCGGGUCGUCCGGAGCAGCCAGAAUGGCCCAAACCACGGUUCAAGGUCGCAGCUCAAACCAGGGCAGGAAGUGACAUCACUGGACCUUGGAGGAAAUAAAUCCAUGUUUCGUUGCUCACAAGCUCUCGACACCACAGGAGUCCAUUAUUUAUUGACCGUGGUGGCCGCGGGUCAUGUGACACCCAGGCAGGUUGUCCCCCCCCCUCUUCUUCAGGAGAAACUGUCCAAUCAGAGACUUCCUCCAGCAACGCUGCCGGCUGAUUGGCCGCCGGCCCUCGGCUGCCCUGCAGUUUUCAGGUUUCGCUUUGUUUUUAAUUCUUCCUCCAAAGGUGAUUUUAUUUUUCUAACUCGGGAUUUCAACUCUUUUUUAUUUUUAGCUGCUUCUGUGUACCUGUUUGUGUAACUGCAUGACCCGAAAAAUCAAAGUAUUUUUUCUAGUCUUCCGAAAAAUGGAGAAAAAAAAAAGGUUGUUUUGACGAGUUUUGUAAUUCUGUUCUGGCUUUAGGAGGAAAUCUGAGCUCUGAACGGUUGUAUGGUGGCCAACAGACAGAGAGUGUUGAACUGUAAAUAAAAUGUCUAAUAUGAAA